UCAAGGCAACUUUUGCUCACGCGUGACAGGAGACUCCGUCGCGUUUACCGACGAUACUCCGAGACGGCCCGCUCAUCCUACGGGGAAGGACAGUAUUUCGGUGGUUUUUAUGCUUCGGACUCCGGUCUGUGCCGACCGAAAUCCUAGAUGACACCGCAUAACAUUGACCGGAAAGCCACUUGAAGUUUGGCUUCAAUCCGUGACUACCGGACUUCCCAAUUUCUCCCCUGUCUCUCGGCAUUUGAACCAACCCAACCAGAUCAUCAAGAUGGCGGCCGAAUUCACACCCCUCGACGUCGAGGCGUUGAUCAAGCAACUUACCUGGGACGAGAAGAUCGAACUGCUCGCUGGUCAGGGAUCUUUCCGAACGACCGGUCUACCUCAUCGUCAAAUUCCAGAUCUCAUUACCUCAGACGGACCUCACGGUAUUCGAGGGCGUCGAUCAUUUGCACGUAACCCGAGCCCUAUGCUACCCUCCGCCACUGGUAUGGGCGCAACCUUCAACGCCGAAUUAUUGCACAAGGUCGGCAAUCUUCUUGGAGAGGAAUCAAGAGCUAGAGGAGUCCAUGUGUUGCUGGCGCCUACUAUCUGCCUUCAACGCUCGCCAUUGUUUGGACGAGGAUUCGAAGCGUUCGCCGAAGAUCCCUUCCUGAGCGGCAUCCUCGGAGCGGCCUACAUCAAUGGCGUGCAAGAGAGAGGUGUAGCAACCAGCGUCAAGCAUUAUGCUGCACACGACCAGUCAGAUAAUUCCAUCGAAGACAACGUGUGCAUGACGCAGCGGACCCUGAGAGAAAUCCAUUUAAUGCCAUUCCAACUCGUCAUGCGCGACUCUGACCCCUGGACCUUUAUGACCUCUUACAAUAAGAUCAACGGGAUCCACGUUAGCGAGGACCCUUUGCUCCUGAAGCAGGUUCUUCGAGAUGAAUGGGGCUUCAAGGGACUCGUCAUGAGCGACUGGUUUGGUACUUACAGCACCUCUGAAGCCAUCAACGCCGGGCUGGACUUGGAGAUGCCUGGGCCCACGCAGUGGAGAGGUAAGUGUCUGAGUCUAGCUGUCAACAGCCGCAAAGUCGCGCGUACGACAGUCGACGAGGCUGUCAGGAAUAUUCUCAAUCUGGUGAACAAGGUCAAGAAUACGAAACCGGCUGGCUAUUUCGCGGCGUCGAAUACACCCGAGCAGCAAGCUCUGAUUCGCCAGCUGGUAGCUGAGAGUAUCGUCCUGCUCAAUAAUGAACGCAAGGUGCUACCCAUUAAGAAAUCAGAGGGGAAGAAAAUUGGAUUGAUUGGCGAUCACGUCAAGAAUCCUGCCUUGAGCGGCGGUGGCAGUGCGGAAGUUGAGCCGUACUAUUUCGUGACACCCUAUGAUGCCAUUAUUGAGGCCGCUGGAAAGAAGAAUGUGUCGUAUGCGCUUGGCUGUCAUUCCUUCAGGUUCAGCCCACUGUUGAAGAACAUAGCGCCUCAGCAAUCGCAACACAAAGGCUUUGGGUGGUCAGUCGAGAUCUUUGAAGACAACCCAGACGAGAAUCCCGACGCAGAAGUGCUUGUAACGGCCCAUGCCCAGAAAGAGCUCAUCGAUGUCCCAGAGAGUUUCCACGCAUCACUUCCGAAGAAAUUCUACGUCAGAGCCCGGGCGACCUACAUGCCUUCUGUCACAGGCCCCUUUAAAUUCGGCUUCAGUACAUCGGGUAAGGGCAAGCUAAGGGUAGAUGGGAAAGAGCUCAUCGAUUUAUGGAGUGACCAGCCUCCAAAGACCGGGCCUACGCCGUGCUUCAACAGGCUUUCCAUGGAGAAAUUUUGCAAUACGGACGUGGUUGAAGGCCGGACUCUCGAACUUGAAGUUGUCCAAGUCAACGAAGAUCUUUCAGGGGGCGUUGGUACCGCAUUGACUCUUGCAGGACGCGUCGGUGGAUUCGAGCUCAUUGACGAGGAGGUUGCCAUCAAAGAAGCUGUGGACUUGGCCAAGAGUGUCGAUAUUCCAAUUGUUGUUACUGGACUGUCAUCAGAUUUCGAGUACGAAGGGGCCGACCGCAAACAUCUCAGACUGCCGGGCCGCGUGGACGAUCUGAUCGAAGCUGUGCUUCAAGCCAAUCCAAACGCCGUCAUUGUCACCCAGUCAGGCUGCCCAAUCGAGAUGCCGUGGGAGUCGAAGGUAGCUACCUUGGUCCAUGCUUGGUUCGGCGGUCAGGAGACAGGCCACGGCCUCGCAGACGUUCUGUUUGGCAAAGCCAAUCCCUCCGGCCGCCUAUCUCAGACAUUCCCCGUGUCCGUUAAGCAUACUCCGGCUUACCUCUCAUUCUCAAAGUCCGACUAUGACAUUGUUUACGGCGAGGGGGUCUUCAUCGGCCACCGCUACUACGAAUCAGUCGACAGAGACCCACUCUUCUACUUUGGUCAAGGCCUGUCCUACUCAACGUUCGAGUACUCGAAGCUCCAAGUGCCAAAGACAUUUGAGGCGACGGAAGAUCACAAGAUGAAGGUCUUGGUUGACGUGAAAAACACGGGUCCUUACGACGGAUCAGAGGUCGUUCAGGUCUAUGUCCACGACCCGGAGAGUACGAUGUUGAGACCUGUCCGAGAGCUCAAGGGGUUUGCCAAACCCUUCCUGGCUGUGAAUGAGAACCAGACUGUUGAAGUCGUGCUCGAUAAGUACUCGCUAUCAUACUGGUCACAGGAGAGAUCUAAGUGGAUUGCAGAAGCCGGAGAUUAUGUUGUCAUUAUUGCUUCGAGCUCCAAGCCGCAGGACGAGAUCCUGCGAGCCACUUUCAACUUGCCCGAGACGUUUUUCUGGGAGGGUGUCUGAUUGCACGCAAUUACACAGCCAUUUUAGAAGGUGUACAAUGUGAAUGAUAUAGAUCUCAAGAGUCGUCGAGAGCACUCCAUCAGUUCUAAAUCCACAGGUUCAGAACUUUACAUGUCCAUGACAAUGUCCUCUUGAAGCCAGGCUUGCAAAGUGCCUUAAAUCUAUGGUUAUGACCAUUCCAC